UGUCAACCCAAUAGUGACCGAUACACGGGGAGGACUAUUUUAUAUUGACAGUAUAGGUAUAAAAACAAUCGUUAUCUGUGAUUAUAUGUGAUGUGCUGUGAGGCCCACGUGUAUUCGUGAUUUCUUAACGACAUAUUUUCCAGCCCUGAGACCUUCCUCGGUGACGCGGCUUGAUCGCGUCUUCAGGUUGCAACCACGGCGUCUCCAGUAGCAAUGACGCAGCACAGCGACGCGUCCAGCGAUAGAUCAGAAGUUUCAGUAACUCCACCACCUCCAGUUUCAAAAAUGCUCGAAUUCGCCAGUCAUCAAAACCUCAGUUUUCUUAAUUUGGAGCAUCGCAAUAUGUUGGCGGCCCCCCUUGCAGCCCUCCAUUCUAUGACGGAGAUGAAACACCAUCAAACUCACCUUAAUUCCGAACAUCUUCAUGGGCAAGAAAAGAGUGACGCCGACGUCUUGCUAGAACGUACAAGUUUGCACGUAGAACGGUCAGGCUUGACGUCGAGGAGCCCUUUAGGGGCCACCAGCAACAGCAAUAGCUCUCAAGGUGCGAAUCCACACGGCAUUGACCAUAUACUAUCCAGACCCACUCAAAUCACAACCGGUCCCUUACAUUUUCCACACAAUCUCGGCUUUACCCAAAACACUCUGGGUAUGGCGUCGAAUAGCGCUCAAAGUGCUUCCAAUUCCGGUCUGCGGGGAUUCAACAUUGCCGCAGCUGCCUUCUUCCACCAUCAUGCCGCCAAUUCCGUCAACAAACCUCCUGUUGACCUUGGAAGAGGCACAGGAGGCCUUUACUGGCCCGGUGGAAUACAGGGACUUAAUCCCAUGUCCUGGAGGGAUCGCCUUAGUAGCAGUAAGUACUCGAUUAAUUAA